AUGAGAGGUCUGUUGAUAUAAUCUUGUCUUACAACCUCCGUCAAAUGAACACAGCACAAGUAUUGGUCUGCUACCAGUCACCAGUUUAUUGACCCAAUGCUUUUCCACAGGUAGGGAGAAUGCAUGUGAGAAGACCUCCUACAUGUUCCUGCGUAAGGAGCUUGCGGUGCGGGGGGCCAACACCAUGAAGGAAAUCAACCUGUUACCCCGCGAUCUGCGUAUCCAGCCGUCUAUCAAACUGGUGCACAGCUGGUGAGAACCUCUGUCUGUCCCUCUGUUCUGAUUCAGGGGUGACUGUAAGCACAGUAUUCUGGGAUGCGUGGUGACAUCCGUCUGUGUGUAUGCCAGGGUAUGACAGUGUGCUGUGGUCUUUGUGUUUCAGGUACAUACAGAGCUUUGAAGAGCUGCUGGACUAUGAACAAAGGGGUCCAGAGGACAGCCGCACCUUAAACGAGUGAGUUGACAUGUACACAGUCGCACCAUUUACCAACCACAUCUUCAGACAGCACUGAGACUUCAGACAGCACUGAGACUUCUGAGAGUCCUCACACCAUAUUUCUCUGUAACAGCUUUCUAGACACCCUGGUCAAAAUCCGUAACAGGCACAAUGAAGUGGUCCCCACCAUGGCCCAGGGUGUCAUAGAGUACAAGCAGAAGUUUGGCUUUGACCCUUUUAUCAGCAGCAACGUUCAGUACUUCCUGGAUCGCUUUUACACCAACAGGAUAUCCUUCCGCAUGCUCAUCAACCAGCACAGUAAGUGACAUCACCAGCCAAUACACAUAUUUAUAUAAUGUAUGUGUGUCAGAUGUUGUCUAAAAAUAGUACAUGUGUAUGAUUUGGAUCUUAUAGUGGAUAUUGAUGACGAUCUUGAUCAGGUGAGACUUUGUUUCAGCACUCCUUUUUGGUGAUGACAGAACCACCUCCCAUCCCAAGAACAUAGGAAGUAUUGAUCCUACCUGCAAUGUCAAUGAGGUGGUGAAAGGUGAGCAGAAUUCCACUGAUCCUAAUGCUUAACAAAUAGCAACUUUGAGUCAGACUGCAUCAGGGAAACAUCAACUUAUUCAAGCUGUAUUCAAUAAAGACUACAGUGCAUCCGGAAAGUAUUCAGACCCCUUUACAUUUUCCACAUUUUGUUACGUUACAGCCUUAUUCUAAAAUGGAUUUUUUUUUUUAAAUCCUCAUCAAUCUACGCACAAUACCCCAUGAUGACAAAGCGAAAAAAACAGGUUUAUUAAAAAUAAAAAACAGAAAUACCUUAUUUAUGUAAGUAUUCAGACCCUUUGCUAUGAGACUGGACUCCACCUGUGGUAAAUACAAUUGAUUGGACAUGAUUUGGAAAGGCACACACCUGUCUAUAUAAGGUCUCUCAGUUGACAGUGCAUGUCAGAGCAAAAACCAAGCCAUGAGGUCGAAGGAAUUGUCUGUAGAGCUCCGAGACAGGAUUGUGUUGAGGCACAGAUCUGUGGAAGGGUACCAACACAUUUCUGUAGCAUUGAAGGUCCCCAAGAACACAGUGGCCUCCAUCAUUCUUAAAUGGAAGAAGUUUGGAACCACUAAGAUUCUUCAUAGAGCUGGCCGCCCGGCCAAACUGAGCAAUCGGGGUAGAAGGGCCUUGGUCAAGGAGGGGACCAAGAACUCGAUGGUCACUCUGACAGAGCUCCAGAGUUCCUCUGUGGAGAUGGGAGAACCUUCCAGAAGAACAACCAUCUCUGCAGCACUCCACCAAUCAGGCCUUUAUGGUAGAGUGGCCAGACGGAAGCCACUCCUCAGUAAAAGGCACAUGACAGCCCACUUGGAGUUUGCCAAAAGGCACCUAAAGGACUCUCAGACCAUGAGAAACAAGAUUCUCUGGUCUGAUGCAUGGUGGUGCCAACAUCAUGCUGUGGGGAUGUUAUUCAGCGGCAGGGACUGGGAGACUAGUCAGGAUCGAGAGAAAGAUGAAUGGAGCAAAGUACAGAGAGAUCCUUGAUGAAAACCUGCUCCAGAGCGCUCAGGACCUCAGACUGGGGCGAAGGUUCACCUUCCAACAGGACAAUUUCCCUAAGCACGCAGCCAAGACAACGCAUGAGUAGCUGUGGGACAAGUCUCUAAAUGUCCUUGAGUGGCCCAGCCAGAGCCCGGACUUGAACCGGAUCGAACAUCUCUGGAGAGACCUGAAAAUAGCUGUGCAGCAACACUCCCCAUCAAACCUUACAGAGCUUGAGUGGAUCUGCAGAGAAGAAUGGGAGCAACUCCCCAAAUACAGGUGUGCCAAGCUUGUAGCGUCAUACCCAAGAAGACUCGAGACUGUAAUCGCUGCCAAAGGUGAUUCAACAAAGUACUGAGUAAAGGGUCUGAAUACUUAUGUAAAUGUUAUAUUUCCAUUUUUUAUUUUUUAUAAAUUGGAAGAAAUAUCAAAAAACCUGCUUUUGCUUUGUCAUUAUGGGGUAUUGUGUGUGGAUUGAUGAGAGGGGGGAAACAAUUAAAUCAAUUUUAGAAUAAGGCUGUAAUGUAACAAAAUGUGGAAAAAGUCAAGAGGUCUGAAUACUUUCCGAAUGAAGAGUUUAUUUCCACGCUAUAUCCACAAAUGUUUCACAUUUGUGUUUUUUCAUCAGAAAUUAUUGCUUUUGGGUGGAACUCCAAACAUUUUUCAAUAAAGGACAAAUAGACGUCACCUCAGUUCACCUUUUUAUUUUCGUCCGGGCAAGCUAACGCAUUCUGGCAGUUAUGCCUUCAUCAGAACAUCAAGAGAUGUGCCAAAGCCAUUGUUUUCUAUGCAGGUGCCUAGGUGAUAAUUACAAUUGCCCACAUCUGUGUGGUGGUGGUGCAUAGCGAUACUCAAAACAUUAGUCAACCAACAAUUGUUACAAUAUCCUGUAUAUACAAAUACACAGAUCAGCAGAAUAAACUCGACAAAUAGCUUUUAGAUAUCAUGAUGACAUUUAGGAAAUUUGAGGUAUUUUAGCGCAAUUAAUUACUUCCUAGUACACAAUAAAGCUUUGGGGUAUGAAAAAUAGACAUCCUAAUAGAAAGAUUGUGAUUGAAUGUUGGAAAAUAUAGCCUACAAAUGACAGCACAGCAAUAUAGUCUACAAGAAUAGUCGGAAUGAGAAAUCAUUGUUUAGACCAAGAGGAUGCAUGGUGUUUAGUCUAUCAAUCCAAAACAUCUCGUUGUGAGAGCAUUUUAGGGACCUUGCCACCUCUGAUGGAUGUGACCUGUUGCAGGCUCACAAAGCGCAAAGAAGACGGUGGGCCAUGUUUGGCUUCUAAGUAGUGUUUUACCAUAACAUAUUCGAUAUUGCCGGUGCAGAUCCCUGUUUUGUGUUCAGAUAUUCUUAUUUUUAAAUAUCUUUCUGUUUGGCCGACAUAGGCUUUACCACACGGUCACUUAAACAUAUACACAAUGUUGGUAGAGUUACGAUUGAUGAACUGUCUCUGGUAGAACUUUCGGCCAGUUAAGAGGGUGUGUGAAGUAUUUACUGUUUACCGUGUUGUUACAUUGAGCACAUCUUCCACACUUAUAGUUCCCUUGUAGCGAUAACCAGUUUGAAUGGUCAGGCUUUUGGAAACAAUGGACCAGUAUGAUCGUGAUCCCUGAUCGUGCGUGCCCGUCUGUAUGAGAACAGAGAGGGAUUUUCCGACAGGCUCUGUUUGUAGAAUAAACCAGUGUUUUAGGUUUGCACACCGGUGGGGAUAUUGGUUUUGAGAUGUCACAGAUUAUUACUAUUGAAGUGGAGGACACCUUCAUGUGUGUGUAAAAUAUUACUGUUCUCAGAUGUUUUUAUUUAUAGAUUUGAGAUAUAUAUGAAAAUGUGUUUUUUUGUAAAAUGCUAUACAGUUGAAGUCGGAGGUUUACAUGCACUUAGGUUGGAGACAUUAAAACUUGUUUUUCAACCACUCCACAAAUGUUGUUAACAAACUAUAGUUUUGGCAAGUCGGUUAGGACAUCUACUUUGUGCAUGACACAAGUUAUUUUUCCAACAAUUGUUUACAGACAGAUUAUUUCACUUAUAAUUCACUGUAUCACAAUUCCAAUGGGUCAGAAGUUUACAUACAUUAAGUUGACGGUGCCUUUAAACAGCUUGGAAAAUUCCAGAAAAUUAUGUCAUGGCUUUAGAAGCUUCUGAUAGGCUAAUUGACAUCAUUUGAGUCAAUUGGAGGUGUACCUGUGGAUGUAUUUCAAGGCCUACCUUCAAACGCAGUGCCUCUUUGCUUGACAUCAUGGGAAAAUCCAAAGAAAUCAGCCAAGACCUCAGAAAAAAAAUUGUAAACCUCCACAAGUCUGGUUCAUCCUUGGGAGCAAUUUCCAAACGCCUGAAGGUACCACGUUCAUCUGUACAAACAAUAGUACGCAAGUAUAAACACCAUGGGACCACGCAGCCAUCAUACCGCUCAGGAAGGAGACGCGUUCUGUCUCCUAGAGAUGAAUGUACUUUGGUGCGAAAAGUGCAAAUCAAUACCAGAACGACAGCAAAGGACCUUGGGAAGAUGCUGGAGGAAACAGGUACAAAAGUAUCUAUAUCCACAGAAAAACGAGUCCUAUAUCGACAUAACCUGAAAGGUCGCUCAGCAAAGAAGAAGCCACUGGUCCAAAACCGCCAUAAAAAAGCCAGACUACGGUUUGCAACUGCACAUGGGGACAAAGAUCGUACUUUUUGGAGAAAUGUCCUCUGGUCUGGUGAAACAAAAAUAGAACUGUUGGGCCAUAAUGACCAUCGUUAUGUUUGGAGGAAAAAGGGGGCACUUGCAAGCUGAAAAACACCAUCCCAACCGUGAAGCACAGGGGGUGGCAGCAUCAUGCUGUGGGGGUGCUUUGCUGCAGGAGGGACUGGUACACUUCACAAAAUAGAUGGCAUCAUGAAGAAGGAAAAUUAUGUGGAUAUAUUGAAGCAACAUCUCAAGACAUUAGUCAGGAAGUUAAAGCUUGGUCGCAAAUGGGUCUUCCAAAUGGACAAUGACCCCAAGCAUACUUCCAAAGUUGUGGCAAAAUGGCUUAAGGACAACAAAGUCAAGGUAUUGGAGUGGCCAUCACAAAGCCCUGACCUCAAUCCUAUUGAAAAUUUGUGGGCAGAACUGAAAAAGCGUGUGCAAGCAAGGAGGCCUACAAACCUGAUUCAGUUACACCAGCUCUGUCAGGAGGAAUGGGCCAACAUUCACCCAACUUAUUGUGGGAAGCUUAUGGAAGGCUACCCGAAACGUUUGACCCAAGUUAAACAAUUUAAAGGCAAUGCUACCAAAUACGAAUUCAGUGUACGUAAACUUUUGACCCACUGGGAAUAUGAUGAAAGAAAUAAAAGCUUAAAUAAAUAAUUCUCUCUACUAUUAUUCUGACAUUUCACAUUCUUAAAAUAAAGUGGUGAUCCUAAUUGACCUAAGACAGGGAAUAUUUACUAGGAUUAAAUGUCAGGAAUUGUGAAAAACCUGAGUUUAAAUGUAUUUGGCUAAGGUGUAUGUAAACUUCCGACUUCAACUGUAUAUCCAUUGUUUAGCUAGAAUGGAAUGUUCAUAUCCUGUAUAUUUUACUGUGAUACAGUGGGGGAAAAAAAGUAUUUAGUCAGCCACCAAUUGUGCAUGUUCUCCCACUUAAAAAGAUGAGAGAGGCCUGUAAUUUUCAUCAUAGGUACACGCCAACUAUGACAGACAAAAUGAGGAAAAAUUUUUCAGAAAAUCAAAUUGUAGGAUUUUUUAUGAAUUUAUUUGCAAAUUAUGGUGGAAAAUAAGUAUUUGGUCAAUAACAAAAGUUUCUCAAUACUUUGUUAUAUACCCUUUGUUGGCAAUGACACAGGUCAAACGUUUUCUGUAAGUCUUCACAAGGUUUUCACACACUGUUGCUGGUAUUUUGGCCCACUCCUCCAUGCAGAUCUCCUCUAGAGCAGUGAUGUUUUGGGGCUGUCGCUGGGCAACACGGACUUUCAACUCCCUCCAAAGAUUUUCUAUGGGGUUGAAAUCUGGAGACUGGCUAGGCUACACCAGGACCUUGAAAUGCUUCUUACGAAGCCACUCCUUCGUUGCCCGGGCGGUGUGUUUGGGAUCAUUGUCAUGCUGAAAGACCCAGCCACGUUUCAUCUUCAAUGCCCUUGCUGAUGGAAGGAGGUUUUCACUCAAAAUCUCACGAUACAUGGCCCUAUUCAUUCUUUCCUUUACACAGAUCAGUCGUCCUGGUCCCUUUGCAGAAAAAACAGCUCCAAAGCAUGAUGUUUCCACCCCCAUGCUUCACAGUAGGUAUGGUGUUCUUUGGAUGCAACUCAGCAUUCUUUGUCCUCCAAACACGACGAGUUGAGUUUUUACCAAAAAGUUCUAUUUUGGUUUCAUCUGACCAUAUGACAUUCUCCCAAUCCUCUUCUGGAUCAUCCAAAUGCACUCUAGCAAACUUCAGACGGGCCUGGACAUGUACUGGCUUAAGCAGGGGGACACGUCUCGCACUGCAGGAUUUGAGUCCCUGGCGGCGUAGUGUGUUACUGAUGGUAGGCUUUGUUACUUUGGUCCCAGCUCUCUGCAGGUCAUUCACUAGGUCCCCCCGUGUGGUUCUGGGAUUUUUGCUCACCGUUCUUGUGAUCAUUUUGACCCCACGGGGUGAGAUCUUGCGUGGAGCCCCAGAUCAAGGGAGAUUAUCAGUGGUCUUGUAUGUCUUCCAUUUCCUAAUAAUUGCUCCCACAGUUGAUUUCUUCAAACCAAGCUGCUUACCUAUUGCAGAUUCAGUCUUCCCAGCCUGGUGCAGGUCUACAAUUUUGUUUCUGGUGUCCUUUGACAGCUCUUUAGUCUUGGCCAUAGUGGAGUUUGGAGUGUGACUGUUUGAGGUUGUGGACAGGUGUCUUUUAUACUGAUAACAAGUUCAAACAGGUGCCAUUAAUACAGGUAACGAGUGGAGGACAGAGGAGCCUCUUAAAGAAGAAGUUACAGGUCUGUGAGAGCCAGAAUCUUGCUUGUUUGUAGGUGACCAAAUACUUAUUUUCCACCAUAAUAUGCAAAUAAAUUCAUAAAAAAUCCUACAAUGGUUUUUUUUUUUUCUGGAUUUUUUUUCCUCAUUUUGUCUCUCAUAGUUGACGUGUACCUAUGAUGAAAAUUACAGGCCUCUCUCAUCUUUUUAAGUGGGAGAACAUGCACAAUUGGUAGCUGACUAAAUACUUUUUUUCCCCACUGUAUGUGGUUGUCUCUUAAGAUGAAUGCUUUAACUGUAAGUCGCUCUGCAUAAGAACAUCUGCUAAAUGACAAAAAUGUCAAAUGUAAAUGUUUUACAUACAGAUCUCAUAUUACUGUAUUGAAUUAUUAUUAUUAUUAUAUAUUUUUUAGAUACCGAUAUCACAAAUGUAUAAUUUGUACAUUUCUUUAUAUAUAUUUAUUUUGUUAUUUGUCACAUUUGACUGUGUAAAACCUAGCAGUACUACUUUUUUCUCUGAGAGCGAGGCGGAUAUUUGGUCAAAGUUGAACACAAUGCCACAUACUAUUAAUCCUCUGUGUUUCUGUGCUGCUGUCUUUUGCAGAUGCCUAUGAGACCGCUAAGAUGCUCUGUGAGGAGUACUACAUGAUUGCCCCUGAGCUGAAGAUAGAAGAGUACAAUUGUACGUUUAAUUGUAAUUAAAUACACUGAGCCACCUGUGUAUGCAUUAUAAAAGAUGAACAGAUAUGUAUGCAUUUAUAAGCUGUUGUACGGAGCCAUUAGCUUAUAUGAAGGCUUGUAGCAUGUCUAGAAUGCAAUAUUGGUAGGAUAGAAGGCACUGGUGCUUAGAUUGUAAACGUCUGAGUAUGCACUAAGAUCUUGGUUAGGAUGUGGCAAGUUUAUUGUCUGUAAUGGAAAAAGUUAUCUGGAAUGGAAAGUUGGCCUCUUCUCAGAGUUUCCCAUUGGCUCCUGUCCGAACCUGCAAAUGUAAGCAGAGGAGAUGCAGCAGAGCCAAUUAAUAUCUAUUUUGUGUGAUAUUACAUGAAACAUGACUACUGUAAUGAUAUGUGAAUAGAGAACGAUUGCUAAAUAUUGAUUGCCUUUAUUUUACCAUUAACAUACUGUACAUGUCAUUUUUCUCAGCCAAGGCCCCUUCGAAGACUAUCCAGGUGGAUUAUGUUCCAUCUCACCUGUUCCAUAUGCUGUUUGAGCUCUUCAAGGUGACUGGCAUUUAUGUUGUACUGAAAGAAAGCUUCUCUAGGCUAUCAAUUAACUGGUCCUAAUUUGUAAUGUAUUUGUGAAGUCCUUCAUCAUUGGCUGUAUCAUGUUCUAUUUAUAUGUUCCAACUGAGUUAUGUGUAUUCAUUAAUGUUUCUUGAAUGACUGUGUAGAAUUCGAUGCGGGCCACGGUGGAGCACCAUGAGAACAGUACUGCUGGCACUCCCCCCAGUGAAGGCCAUGGUGACGCUGGGAAAGGAAGACCUCUCUAUCAAGGUCUGUUACUGGCACGGACACUGCUCUGGUGUUUUUAGAUGACCUCAUCAUGGCCUAUAUAAAGGUUCUCAGUCACCCCUGUCCUCUCCCCUCAGAUCAUUGACAGAGGAGGGGGCGUGCCCCUCAGGAAGAUUGACAAGCUCUUUAGCUACAUGUACUCCACCGCGCCCACCCCGAGCCUGGAACCAGGAAAUGGAACUCAGGCUGCACCACUGGUAACACAUCACAACGGGUGUAUAGAGAAAUGUUUUGUUUACAUGCAAGCGUCAUGUUCAAGGGAUGCACGCACAUCCCGGCACCAAAAAGCUCUGUAGCAGAAUAGCUAACACUGAUGUUGGGACCUUGACAAACUUAAGCGUGAGUGAGUGAUGACCAUGAAAACACACCAGACUGAUGGCUAUAGCUAUCUAUGUUCAACAAAUAUAUUAUUCUUCUGGCUUUAUCUAACUCUAUUUGUGAUAUUUUACCUUGCUUUGCUGGCUUACUAGCUUCUUGGUAAUCAAUCCUCUGAUGACAGCAAUGUUAUAGACGAUAACCAUCUGAUUACGUGUUUGUUAACAAGCACAAGCUGCAUUUGAAGUUGCAUGUUAUCGUAUCUUUGUAGUAUGAACCACUCUUUCUUCUCCGUCAGGCUGGCUUUGGAUAUGGUCUCCCCAUUUCUAGACUUUAUGCACGCUACUUCCAAGGAGACCUGAACCUUUACUCCAUGGAGGGGGUGGGUACAGACACUGUCAUCUAUCUGAAGGUGCGUUAGGGACUUGCGUUUAGUUAAGUAACAUGUUGUCAUUAUGAUCUGGCUGUGGUUUCAUAUUUGUUUCUCUCUGACCUCCAGGCUCUGUCCAGCGAGUCCUUUGAGCGUCUCCCCGUCUUCAACAAGUCAGCGUGGAGACACUACCAGACUGGCCCUGAGGCAGAUGACUGGAGCAAUCCUAGCAGCGACCCACGUGAUGCAGCCAAGUACAAGGUCAAAUAACUCUUUUGAGUCUGGCCCCCUGGCAACGCUGCAUGCCAUAGGUCUUGUCCAGUCACAUGGCAAACAGAUUAAGUUACCGUCCACUCCUACAGUUAAGCACAGAACUAAAGCACAGCACUGACUGAAAUAUUGUCUCAACAGGUAACAUAUUUAUUUCCAGUGAAUAUCACAUCAGGUAUGUAAAUCCAAAACACAGUUUUAACCCAGACCAUCUUUAUUUCCUUGUUUGCUGGUAUGUUAUGAUUGACCACGGUUUCCAUGGUAGCAGAUUGCGAUUGGUGACCUCCUCCGUCAGAUAGCAUGACUGUUAUUAGAUCUAAUUAGUGUCACGUGAGAGUGACACCAACUGUCGGGAAAUAAUGUACUUUUUCCCUUAAUGCAAAUAAUGACCUAGCAUAACAGUAUACUGUGUGAAACAAGAAUAUUAGUUUAUCAUUUUAUGGCAGUGUGCAAUGGUUUUCAAUAGAUAAACUCAGUCGGCAUUUUCCCAGCUCAGAAAAAAGGGAUUAGGUUAGUAUGUAUGUGUUUGUGACAUGUGACAUGAAAUGUUACUCAGGAUGGUAUUUAAAUUCAUGAUAAUGCAAUAUGGUACUAUAAGUUUAUAAGAGAUUAUUAUCACUUUGGAAGCUUAAGAAAUACAUGGAGCAAUAUCUAAACAAGUUGAGACAUAUCUUACUUUAGAUUGCUUUAAAAAAAAAUUUUUUUUACAAAAAGGCCUCAAAUGAAAUUGAUAUUUUAGUGGGUCAAUAGUUAUUAUUGCAUGACAAAAUACUCUCAGAAAUGAUUGUUUUGUAUUUCAUAUUUCAUAGAAACAACGUAUUAUUUAAAAAAGAAAAUGUCCAAAAUGUUUUUUUGUACUGCAUAUCAUAGACAACUGAACGCACAUUUGAGCAUUUCACUAAGUAUUUGUAAAGAAAAAUAAAGCCUGGUUGAUGCAGUGAAAUAGUGGUAUUAUUUGUGUGGUACAGGAAUCAGA